AAAAAAAAAAAAAAGAUAAAGACAGAAAAAAUGUUAGAAGAAAAAGCGAAAAUAAAAUAAGAGAAAAUGGAGGAAAAUGCUCCUCGUCGUUUCCUUAGCAAAGAGGCAAAGUUGAGAACUGUGUUCCAGAGCAAGAGUUAGAUCUUGGCAACACUCGGGACCAACUACUACAUUAGGCCAUGGAUUCAUGAUCUGGCUGCUUGAUUCCACAAGAAAAAAAUGGUUCUUUUGUGGGUUUGAGAAACAGAGCACUCUGUUUUUUUUUAAAGAAAAAGAUCUGAACUUUAUAUCUUUUUGGUAAGAUGGCUGGAGAGAGAAACAGAAACAAAGGGAUGCGUCUGAGCAAACUCUACUCAUUCAAAUGCCUAAAGCCAUUCUCCAAAGAAGACCAUCAUUCGCAGAUCGGCUCUCGAGGGUACUCGAGAGUUGUCUUCUGCAACGAUCCCGACAACCCCGAGGCUCUCAACCUCAACUACAGAGGGAACUACGUCUCCACCACCAAGUACACAGCCGCUAACUUCGUACCGAAGUCUCUCUUCGAGCAGUUCAGAAGAGUCGCCAACAUAUACUUCCUCGUCGUCGCUUUCGUCUCCUUUUCCCCUUUAGCUCCUUACACCGCUCCCAGCGUCCUCGCGCCGCUCUUGUUCGUGAUCGGCGCCACGAUGGUUAAAGAAGGUGUUGAAGAUUUGAGGAGGAGGAGACAGGACGUCGAAGCUAACAACAGGAGAGUCUUAGUCUUUGGUAAGAACGAAGGAACAUUCGGUGAGACAAAGUGGAAGAAUCUCAGAGUUGGUGAUGUUGUCAAAGUUCACAAAGACGAGUACUUCCCAGCUGAUCUUCUCCUUCUCUCGUCCAGCUACGAAGACGGAGUCUGCUACGUUGAGACCAUGAACCUAGACGGAGAGACCAACUUGAAGCUAAAGCACGCGUUGGAGAUCACAUCGGAAUCAGAUUACGACCAAGAAGAGUUCAGAGGAGGAGUGAUCAAAUGUGAGGAUCCAAACGAGCAUCUCUACUCCUUCGUGGGAACGCUUCACUACAAAGGACAACAGUACCCUCUCUCUCCUCAGCAGAUUCUUCUGAGAGACUCAAAGCUCAGAAACACCGACUACAUCUACGGAGUCGUCGUCUUCACUGGCCACGACACCAAAGUGAUGCAGAACGCUACCGAUCCUCCUUCCAAGAGGAGCAAGAUCGAGAGGAAGAUGGACAAGAUCGUCUACGUACUCUUCAGUAUCUUGAUCGUGAUAGCCUUCACCGGUUCCGUCUUCUUCGGGAUCAUAACGAGAAGAGAUGUAACCGAUGAUGGGAAGAAGCUGAGGAGAUGGUACGUUAGACCGGACGUGACCAGCGUCUUCUACGAUCCACAUCGAGCGGUUCUCGCUUCCUUCUUUCAUUUCUUGACCGCGUUGAUGCUGUACGGUUACUUGAUACCGAUCUCGCUAUACGUUUCGAUAGAGGUUGUGAAGGUGUUGCAGAGCGUAUUCAUCAACCAAGACCAAGAGAUGUACCACGAGGAGACAGACAGGCCUGCACGCGCGAGAACGUCUAACCUCAACGAAGAGCUAGGCCAAGUCGACACGAUCCUCUCGGAUAAGACAGGUACUCUGACUUGCAACUCGAUGGAGUUUGUGAAGUGUUCUAUAGGUGGAACUGCUUACGGCCGUGGUAUGACUGAAGUAGAAGUGGCAUUGAGAAAGCAGAAGGGUGUGAUGACCCCUCAAGAAGAGAUAAAAGAGAGUUCGACGAAGUCUGUUAAGGGGUUUAACUUCUGGGACGAGAGGAUAGUCAACGGGCGGUGGAUUGACCAACCGAAUGCUGAACUCAUUCAGAAGUUCUUUAGGGUGUUGGCUAUUUGUCAUACUGCUAUCCCUGAUGUGGAUGGUGAGACUGGUGAGAUCAGUUAUGAAGCUGAGUCUCCUGAUGAAGCGGCUUUUGUGAUAGCUUCUAGGGAGCUUGGGUUUGAGUUCUUUGCUAGGUCUCAGAGUAAUAUCUCCUUGCAUGAGAUUGAUCACGUGACCGGUGAGAAAGUAGACAGAGUGUAUGAGCUACUUCAUGUCCUGGAGUUCAGCAGCUCUCGCAAAAGAAUGUCUGUUAUUGUGAGAAAUCCAGAGAACCGGCUAUUGUUACUCUCCAAAGGAGCAGACAGUGUAAUGUUUGAGAGACUUGCUAAACACGGACGCCAGUUUGAGAGAGAGACGAAGGAACACAUCAAGAGGUAUGCAGAGGCAGGUUUAAGAACCCUGGUGAUUACAUACAGAGAAGUAGAUGAGGAGGAGUACAGAAUCUGGGAAGAGGAGUUUCUGAAUGCCAAAACUUUGGUUACUGAAGAUAGAGAUGCUUUGAUAGAUGCAGCUGCUGAUAAGAUUGAGAAGGAUUUGAUUCUUCUUGGUUCUACUGCAGUGGAAGAUAAACUCCAGAAGGGUGUCCCAGAUUGUAUUGAAAAGUUGUCUCAGGCUGGGGUCAAGAUAUGGGUUUUAACCGGCGAUAAGACAGAAACUGCAAUAAAUAUAGGAUAUGCUUGUAGUCUCUUAAGAGAAGGCAUGAAAAAGAUUCUGAUAACUCUAGAUUCACCUGACAUUGAAACUCUGGAGAAACAAGGAGACAAAGAUGCUGUUGCAAAGGCUUCUUUCCAGAGUAUUAAGAAACAGUUAAGAGAAGGAAUGUCACAAACUGCAGCAGCAGCAGCAACAAAUGACCCAGCUAAUGAAAAUGUGCAAAUGUUUGGUUUAGUGAUUGAUGGAAAGUCCUUAACUUUUGCAUUGGACAAGAAGCUGGAGAAAGAGUUCUUGGAACUUACGAGUCGGUGUAGUUCUGUUAUAUGUUGCCGGUCUUCACCAAAACAAAAGGCUCUGGUUACAAGAUUGGUGAAAAGCGGGACAGGUAGAACAACAUUAGCCAUUGGAGAUGGCGCAAAUGAUGUUGGAAUGCUUCAAGAAGCUGAUAUUGGAGUUGGUAUAAGUGGUGCUGAAGGAAUGCAGGCGGUGAUGGCUAGUGAUUUUGCCAUAGCUCAGUUUCGGUUUCUGGAACGUUUGUUGCUUGUUCACGGCCAUUGGUGUUAUAGAAGAAUAGCAAUGAUGAUAUGUUACUUCUUCUACAAGAACCUCGCGUUUGGAUUCACGCUGUUUUGGUACGAAGCUUAUGCUUCUUUCUCUGGUAAACCAGCUUAUAACGACUGGUACAUGUCUUGCUACAACGUCUUCUUCACUUCACUUCCUGUCAUCGCCCUUGGAGUCUUUGAUCAAGAUGUCUCUGCUCGCCUUUGUCUCAAGUAUCCGUUACUGUACCAAGAAGGAGUACAGAACAUAUUAUUCAGCUGGGAACGAAUCCUUGGUUGGAUGUCAAACGGAAUCAUAAGCUCAAUGAUCGUCUUCUUCCUUACAAUCCACACACUCGACUCUCAAGCUUUCCGUAAAGACGGUCAAGUAGCAGAUUACUCUGUUCUUGGAGUCACGAUGUAUUCUUCAGUGGUCUGGACGGUAAACUGCCAGAUGGCGAUCUCUAUAAACUACUUCACUUGGAUCCAACACUGCUUCAUCUGGGGGAGCAUAGGGUUUUGGUACCUGUUUCUUGUCGUCUACGGUUCUCUUCCUCCUACAUUCUCAACGACAGCGUUUCAGGUCUUUGUUGAGACAUCUGCACCGAGUCCCAUCUGUUGGCUCACUCUUGUCCUCGUCACGUUCUCUGCUCUCUUGCCGUAUUUCACUUACAGGGCGUUUCAGAUCAAGUUCAGACCCAUGUAUCAUGAUAUUAUUGUUGAACAGAGGAGAACAGAACGGCCUGAGAGUGGGACCAGGACGACGAGUAUAGUUUCUGGUGAGCUUCCUGUGCAAGUUGAGUUUACUUUGCAUCACCUUAAGGCAAACUUGUCGAGAAGAGAUUCUUGGAAUUGAUUCGUAUUCUACGUAAAGAGUGAAUGCCAAUAUUGUAUAUAUACUAGAUGAGUGUGUUUAGCUUUAUAUUUAGCUGUUUUAACAAGUUUUAUGGAUCAUCUUGGAUUUAAAUUUCAUUUUUAAGUAGAAUUUGUAUGUUGUAGACUUGUAGUUAUACUUUUUCCAAAUGAACAAUAAUAGUUCACAUAAUUUGAAUUUUUCUAU